UUCCUAUCGAUUUUAGUGAACUAGUACCCUUCUGCACUGCAGUUCAGGAAAUCAUUUGCGGUGGCUUGCUUUACUCUCAGUACAUGCUUGGAGUUGAUCUACGAUGGGAUCGACUUCGCUGGGCAUAUGAGUUCGACGUCGCGAUGCGAACUAAGAGCGCAUCUGACUUGAGCGGCCUCAGCCGAGAGGAAAAGAAAAAGGCCCAGUGCUCCUUUGAACCAGGCGAAAUCGCUCACGUCGAUGGUGGCGGUGGAAUCACGGCUGCCUUCUACUGAAUUCUUGGAUCGUCACAAAUUUCCACUGACGUCCAUGGAACAGCGAUACAUACGCGUUCUUAUCGACAGCGCCCCCGAUAUUAGCAAAUAUUGCUUGGUCCU